AUGAUGAUGAGUAGUACUGCUACUACUACAAGCAAUAUCGUUGAGGAAGAAACAAUGACUGAAUCUGAUAAUCGAAAAAGUUUUCUUAUAUCAAGUUUGUUAUCUGCAUCAUCAUCUAAUGAAUCAAUGCUUGGAACUGAAGAAGACGACGAUGAUGAUGACGAAGAAGGAGAAGAAGAAGAUGAUGAAAAUGAUAAUCAUGACAUGGUUAAAGAUAUUGAACAUAAACAAGAUCAAAAUGAAAAACUCCAAACAGAAUCAACACAAAAUCUUCAUAGAGCGUUCCCAAAAAUGUCUCCAUCGACAAUGAUGAUUCCACGUGUAAUGUCUUCAAAUGAUUUUUCCUAUCUGUAUUAUCUUAGUUAUCAUUAUUUUGCCAUGCAAUUAUCAAAAAAUGGUCAAAUACCACAAUCACCAUUAUCUUUAUCAAAUCCGUCAUUAUUAGAUGCGAAUAUAAAUUCAAUAAAAAAGCCUUUAAAAUCAUCUUAUCCAUUAACGCCAACAUCUUCAUCGUGUUCAUCAUCACCACCAUCACCCAAUCUAACUGCAAUGACAACAACAACCACGACGACAUCAUCAUCAUCAUCAACAACAACAACAACACAUCUAAAUUCAAAUUCAAACACAACAAAUUCACGUUACCAAUGUGAUGGUUGUUCAAAAUCUUAUUCAACAUUUGGUGGUCUUUCAAAACAUAAACAAUUUCAUUGUAUUGCACAAAUUAAAAAACAAUUUCAAUGUAAAUUUUGUGAAAAAACAUAUAAUUCAUUGGGUGCACUUAAAAUGCAUAUACGUACACAUACUUUACCAUGUAAAUGUAAAAUUUGUGGUAAAGCAUUUUCACGUCCAUGGCUUUUACAAGGACAUGUACGUACGCAUACAGGAGAAAAACCAUUUCAAUGCGAAAUAUGUUGUCGAGCAUUUGCGGAUCGGUCAAAUUUACGUGCACAUAUGCAAACACAUUCGGAUAUUAAAAAGUACCGGUGUACAAAAUGUUCAAAAACAUUUUCACGCAUGUCAUUACUUAAUAAGCAUACGGAAAAUUGUUUACAACAACACCAACAACAACAACAACAACAACAUGAAACGACAUCAACGAAUCAUUCUUCAGCUGAUGAUUGUACCAGUACAACAAUGAUUGUGCCUGCUGCAUUUUCGCUUUGA